AUGGGCGGCGAAGCGGGGUCUGCAGUGGCCCUGGGCGGCUCCGAGGGGGGGCGCGUGAAGAGCCUGGGGCUGGUGUUCCAGGACGAGGGCAAGGGCUGCUACGCGAGCGGCGAGACGGUGGCGGGGCACGUGCUGCUGGAGGCGGCCGAGCCCGUGGCCCUGAUCGCGCUGCGCCUGGAGGCCCUCGGCCGCGCCACCACCUCCUGGGGCCCCAGCGCUGGCUCCGCAGCGCCGGCCUCCGCCUCGGAGGUGGAAUACCUGAAUCUGCGCCUGAACCUGCGCGAGGCCCCUGCUGGUGACGGCAUCCUCCUUUUACAGCCCGGAAAGCACGAAUUCCCAUUUAGCUUUCAACUCCCGUCUGAGCUGUUGGUGACCUCCUUCUCCGGGAAGUACGGCUGCAUCCAGUACUGCGUGCGGGCGGUUUUGGAAAGGCCCGCGCUGCCCGACCAGAGCGUCCGGCGGGAGCUGCAGGUGAUCCGUCACAUCGAUGUCAACACACCUGCCUUACUCAGCCCAGUAUUGAAAACUCAAGAGAAAAUGGUCGGAUGCUGGUUCUUCACCUCGGGUCCCGUCUCGCUGAGUGCCAAAAUCGAGAGGAAGGGAUAUUGUAAUGGAGAAGCCAUUCCCAUCUAUGCAGAAAUAGAGAACUGUUCCUCCCGCCUGGUUGUCCCCAAAGCUGCUAUUUUUCAAACCCAGACGUACUUGGCCGGCGGGAAGACGAAGACCGUCCGGCACAUGGUCGCCAACGUGCGAGGAAACCACAUCGCCUCGGGGAGCACCGACACGUGGAACGGGAAGAUGCUGAAAAUCCCGCCCCUCCCGCCGUCCAUCCUGGACUGUUGCAUCAUCAGAGUGGAAUACUCCCUGGCGGUGUAUAUUCAUAUCCCUGGUGCUAAAAAGCUGAUGCUGGAGCUGCCCCUAGUGAUCGGGACGGUCCCGUACAACGGCUUUGCCAGCAGGAACUGCAGCAUGGCCAGCCAGUUCAGCGUGGACAUGAGCUGGUGGGCGCUGGCGCUGCCGGAACAGCCUGAAGCACCCCCCGAUUACACGGACGUGGUGUCAGAGGAAGAGGUCUCCAGGCACAGCCCCCCUUACCCGCGGCCACCCAGCUGGGAGGGCGAGGCCCGCUGCCCCCCCUUCGCCUGCAUCCAGGACUUCCGGCUCCAGCCGCCACCUCUUUAUUCAGAGGUCGAUCCGCAUCCCAGUCGCCUCCGAGAGGCCCAGUCUGUGUCCUUCAUCCUCUGA